CACACACACAUUGGAUUUCUCUACCAGCAAUGAUGACUACUGUUUUGGAUCCCUUUAGGCCGUUCUCUGCAGAGCUGCAUGUCAUUAGACGGCUGAACUUCAGCCUACACCGGUCUGCUGGUAGAGAUGGACUGGAACCUGGAAGCAUUAACUCUCCUGCUCAGCAUGCUUCCUUGGCCCCACUCCGAGAUGACGUCCCCCUGUUAGACCCAUCCUGCGGGCAGCUGAGUGCAGGAGCAGAGGUGGAUCUGGGGGUCAGAGGACGAAAGAAAUUUAUAGAUUUCCAUCAUGUGGCCUCUGCUCUGAGGGUACCCCCAGGUUUCAGAGAGAAGCCUCAAACAGCACCAAACCCCUUUGGUAUCUGCACAGAGCUGAGCGAGGACAAGGCCUGGAACUCCAGGAGGAUCCCAGAUGCAGCCAUAAGAGCGAGACUCAGUGGUUCAGCCCAACCACACUCACUGAAGACACCAACAUUAUACAGCAGUUUUCCUGAUAAAAGCACUGACGCUCAGGAUGCCUUCUCUUCUGAUCAGAGACUGUGGACAGACAACUCACUGGCAGUUCGACGCUUCAGAUACACUUCUGCCACCCAGAGGAGUUAUGAGGAAGUUGGUUGGGAUUCAAAGUUGCCCCGGCGCUUGAAGGCACCGGCAACAACCUGGGAGAAAAUGGCUGACCCAGUAAGUGAGCAUCCCUCAUCGAGGCGCUACAAUAGCCAACCUCAGCUGUGGCAGUCCGUUGGAGCUGAGUGGAACAGACAGCAGCUUCGAUCGAGGAAUGAUGCCAGGAAACCCAUAUCAUUCUGCAGUGGAUGUCGGAGAUCAGGUCAAAUUCCACUGUACACUGGUACAAUCGGCUCUGAAAACAUGGAUAACAUUGACAACAUGGAGGAAGACUUCCACUCACUGACCCUAAAGAGGAGCAUUGUUCCCCGGUACGCCCCUACAGCACGCCGAGCCACCAUCCCUGGUUAUACAGGCAAGGCUGUGUACGCUCACUCUGCUGCUGAUGCUGCCGUCUCUGUCCCAGCUGUCUGCAGUCCUGCAUGCUCCCCCAGAACCAUCAAAGAAUCAAGGAGUCCUGUUUUCAGCCAUGCGGCGCCCCUGUCCCGAAUGGUGACCAUGACGACCCCCUGCAACCCCUUCCUGAGACCUGCACUUCCUGCCUCACGCACAAACACACGAGGAGACAUUAGACAAAGCAGAUGAGAAAGUUUUGAAGGGCAAAGAGAGGGACAAAACAGAGGAAAUACUGUGAUGGAACAAAUCUAGUGAGAGCAGUCUUCCUUUUGGCUUAUCAGCUCACGGUGAUUGACGUCUGGUAACCACCAAUAAUAUGCAGGAAAAUCUUGAUUUUUAGCCUUAAUUUAGGAAACCAGCAUCUCUCAUUAACCAUCUCAUCUAAUGAGACUCAUUUUCACCCUUCUCAAAUUUAUAAGUGACUGUAUUUUCACCAAUAUAUAUCUUUUUUAAGAUGUGUGAGACACUUAAAGGAGUAUUAGGAUAUUUAGUGAUAUAUGCUUCUUUGCUUUUUUGCUGAGAGUUGAGUGAGAAGAAUGAUACCAGUUUAAUAUGUAAGAGUGGUAUUGAUCUUCUCGUCAAACUCUUGUCAAAAAUGCGAUUAAGUGUAUUUCCCAAAACGUCAAAAAUAUUUUAGAAUUAUUUACUACUACUACUGCUACUAUUUUAUGAUUGUGCCCACGUUUCUAUGUUUGCUGUUGUG